CUAUCUUAGAUAGCAACCUGCAGUGUUUGACUGCGACUCUACGUCUGCCAUGAUAAGGAGCUUCACAAAUUCUAAAUGCAAUCGCAUUGAAACAGAUAUCAUCAUUUUUCUCAAGACUUUUUACGGUAUAUUGACAAAUUUCUGAUUUGAACAAGCUCUUCACUUCUCUCGACACAGCAACCUGCAGUGUUUGACUGCGACUCUACGUCUGCUAUGAUAAGGAGCUUCACAAAUUCUAAAAGCAAUCGCAUUGAAACAGAUAUCAUCAUUUUUCUCAAGACUUUUUACGGUAUAAUGACAAAUUUCUGAUUUGAACAAGCUCUUCACUUCUCUCGACACAGGUCAUAAACGUGAAAAUGGAUUCAAUAGAAAAAAAUAUCAACAUAUUGUCUUUCGAUGGUGGAGGAAGUAAAGGCUUCAUGGAGUUGAAGAUUCUGGACGAUAUUUUACGAUUAGCAACAAUUGUGUUAAGAAAUCCAAAGACAUUGAAUUACCUUGUAAACAAACACAAUGACGAAAGCGAAGUAAAUUUCUUGGAAGAUCGUGACGUUCGAGAACGUUUGAUCAAUGAUCUGAGAAAAGUUGAGGAUCCCAUUCAUCCCACCGAUGUUUACGACAUGAUUGUUGGAACCAGUACAGGAGGUCUGAUUGCGUUUGGUUUGGUUGGUGGAAAUAAAGUCGGAGAUAACCAUCAUGAAAGGAAACGGAUGACUGUGGAAGAAUGCAUUGAGAUGUAUCGCAGCAAAACAAAGAUGAUACUCGAAAGGUCUUGGAACAAGAGUACUUCACUAUUUAAAUAUUCAAAAGACAACGUAAAGAAGUCCUUAGAAGAACAGUUCAAUGAGUGCAGCUUAAGUGACAUACGGGAAAAGGGUUCUCCAAAAUGUGUGGCCGGAGCUGUUGCCAGAAGACUCAGCCAAAGUGAAGGAAUGGUACUGUUCGAUACAGCAAGCGAAGACUACAAGAAUCACAAGGCUUGCGAAGUCUUGCUCGCAACCUCAAAUGCUCCAAUAUACUUUGACACUCCAGUUAAAAUUGGCAACGAUGAAUUUGUCGACGGUGGUGUUGGUGCAAAUUGUCCUUUGGCACAAGCAAUUCCCCGAGCAAUGAAAAUCUUUGGUGAUGACGGUAAACACGUAAAAAUAUUUUCAGUUUUAUCAAUCGCACCCCCACUGUCAACGAAAGGUCCUUCUGAUGAUUCCAGUUCUCUUCAUUGGUUAUGUUAUUUAUUUCACUUGUGCACCAAUGGAAACGCAGUAUACAACGAUGUUGUGGCGCAAUAUAGAAGGAACAAAACUUUGUUUCAAAGAUUUUCCCCACGUGGUAAGAAAUUGAAAAAAAUUAAACUUGAUGAAACCAAUAUCAGAAAGAUGGAGAAGAAAAUGGAAAAAGCGAAGUCCAAGGACGAUAUGUUUCUUGUCGACGUUGUUGCUGCUGCAAUGGUUGUUGUUCUCGCGUAUAUAAGCAAAAAUUCAUCGGGAGCAACAGGAAAUAUUCAGGAAAAUUAUCUUACGUUGAAAGCUGCAGCACCACUUGCUGAAGCUGCAGGAUGUGCUUACGAAAGUAGGAAAGAAUUAAACUGGGCAAAUGUUUCUUACGAGACAAGCAGAAGUCUGCACGAGAAACACGACAAUAAUUUGAGUGUGAUUAAGAUUAAUUAUAAAAUCGCAAAAUGCCAGAAAGAACUUGGAAACUACGAGAUCGCUAUUGACCUAUUUAAAUCAAACGUGAAGCACCUUGUUCACCAUCAAGAUGACCCAAAUUGCUUAAAGCUACUUGUUGAUGCCAUGUUGAGCAUAGCAGAAUGCUGCACAACUUGUCUUCGAUAUGUUGAAGCGGAAACAUAUUUGCAUGAUGUACUCGAAAAACACAUUAAAGAGAAGAAGAAAUUUGUACGUGUCAUUAUCUAUGUAGCAUGGUUCAAGCAACAACAAGGAAAACUAGACGAAGCUUUUAAACUCUACUGGGAGGCAUCCAAAUGCCCAGUAGACAGCAAUAGCCUUGAUGAAGCACAAAUGCUAAUUAUACUUAGUAAUCAGGGACUGUGUCUCUUAACACUUGGGAUUAACGAAAAAAAUUUAAUAAGGCAAGCGAAAGAUGUAAGAAAAAAGAUGAAACAAGAAAGCGAUCCUCUGGUUGCCGAGUCUCUCAACUAUUUCGGAUCAUUCUUGAUGAAAAAGGAAGAAUAUGACGACGCAUAUGAAAAUCUAAUAAAAGCAAAAGCCAUAUACGAAAGGCAAAAAAUCACUGAUGAACUUAAAUUUGCCAUGGUAUUGACGAAUCUGGCAAGCUGCCCGUCCUCACAGCAAUCACCCCAAGUCGCCUUGAGUCGUGCACAAGAAGCUUUGGAACAGAUGAAAAAAAAGUCCUGCAUUAUAACUGUCUUGAAAUCGCCAAUGCCUUGUCAGUUCUUGGUGGGUGCCUUUUUAAAACCGGAUAUAAAGAAGCAAAGAAAUGCCUCUUAGAGGCUUCGGAUAUGAUCGAAAAUUUGUUUUCGGAAAAUCACCCAUGGCUGAUCGACAUUUAUCAGCUGCUUUACGAAUUGUAUAAGGUGGAAAUCGGCAAACAGAGGGAGGCUGAAAAUUAUAAAAUGAAAAUAAAGAGUAUCGAAAACGAAAUGAAGAAAAUGGCCAAAGUCACUACGAAAUGGAUAAAGAAAAUGGUCGAAGACAGUAGCGGAUCCGGAGAAGAUCCACCCUUUGUCCUAGAGACGAAAACAAGUCAGAAGAGACAAAGGACAAGCGACGUAAAAGAUCAAGAAAGCAGUAAAAGAAUGAAAGAAAAUCCGCAUAAUUUGGAUGAGGUGGUAUCUUUCAUAAAGUUGGAGAUGUAAGGAAUGCAAUAUAAAUUAUAAGUUGAAUAUUUAUGUGAAGGAUUGUUUCAUUCACGAGUAGCUGCAUUCAACUAAUUAAAUCCUAUUUCGUUGUAAAUCACAAAUUUCUCUGCAUUGCCAACAAGGAUAAUGUGAUUAGUCGAGUGACAAAAAAUCCAAGCAAGGGCAGUCGGCAAAUGCAAAAAGAUUCACUGGCAGUGACCACAAAGCAUAUUUUUAGAAAUACACAACAUAUUUUAAAGUUUGAUGUUAAUAGUGUUGAAAUUGUAUAACAUGUCUAGCACCAUGAUCAAUCUGGUUUAUCAUUUGCAUUGACCACACACUUGAAAAGCUAUUCACAUGUACGCAAAGCGUGCCUACUUUUACUUUUUAGUCCAGGCUCGAAUCCAACCACGAGUCUAAGAACGAGUCCUAGUUCGAGUCGAAGCUCAAGUCCUUUGUUCGUUACGUAUAGUAUAUCUCGUUAGAUUGUUGUUAUUUUAUAAUAUGCAUUAAAGCAUACAUAAUUGUGGAACUCCGCUUUAUGGUCAUCUCGGUGACACGAUCAUACGGUCACUUUUUGUUAAGGCGAAACACUAAUGUAUUUUAUAUUAAAGUUAUACCCGCUAAAAUACAGCCAGCCAUUAAUACGGUCAGCCAUUAAUAUUACUGCUAACCAUUGAAGUAGCAAAUAUGUUUAAAGACAAAAAUAAAGUAUAAUUUUAGACAUCUCUUGUAGAAGACAA